AUGUUCUUCAUUUAUUUAGUUUUUUAUUUCAGCCCACUCAUGUUAGAAACCCUAAAAACCUAGAUUCGGCCAUCAAUAUAUUUGUUAGAUCACGAAUACAAAACCCUAAUUUAAACUCCGCCUCAGAUAUCCCCGUCUCCACAGCAGGCAUGGCUACCAAGCAGCCAAAUACUGGCGUCUUUGUAGGACUGAACAAGGGCCAUGUUGUAACAAAGAAGGAGUUGGCACCACGCCCCUCUAAUCGUAAAGGAAAAACGAGCAAAAGAGUCCAUUUCGUGAGGAACUUGAUCAGGGAAGUUGCUGGUUUUGCACCGUAUGAGAAGAGGAUCACUGAGCUUUUGAAAGUCGGUAAGGACAAGCGAGCUCUUAAGGUAGCUAAAAGAAAGUUGGGAACUCACAAAAGGGCAAAGAAGAAGCGUGAAGAGAUGUCCAGCGUUCUCCGCAAGAUGAGAGCCCACGGUGGAGGUGCAGAAAAGAAGAAAUAAAGCUUUAUUUUCUUGGUUUCUCACCCUUGUCGUGCUCGAGUUUCUUCUUUAGGAGCAGCUAGAGGUUUGUUUAGCAUAUGUUUCAUUUAUGUUGUUUUGAGACUGAAAUCAGUGCUUUGGAACUUUUGUUUAUUUGAGUUAGAGAUGAGAAAUUGGAAGAAGUAAUAACUUUUAAAUUUUAUGUUUUUUGAAUUAUAUUUAACGCCAUUACUAUUCUACGUGCAAA